AUGCCACACGUGACGUUUUUCACGAACGUUGCGCGAAGCCGUUUGCCGGCAACUUUCGGCAAGCAAUUCACGGAACUGCUGGCCAAGAGCCUCAACAAACCGGUGAACUCGGUUUCGCUGGUACUGAUGCCGGAGGCGCUACUUAGCCAUGGCACCAGCGAUUGCCCGACAUGCCUUAUUGUGGUUAGUGUGUUCAGUUCUUGCUUUUUAGAACCCCAGCCCAUCGCCUGUUCGAUGUAUGUGCGCUACCUUUUCGGAGCCCGUCCGAGUGGUUGUUUACGUCCCCGGGGGUACCACACGUGUCCCUGGUUUCAUGCCAGUACAUUUCUUUGCCGUUUUUUUUUUAUUUAA